UUUCCCUCAGAGGCGGCGCCGCUCAGGGCAGGAGAGCCGCCGCCGCCGCCGCCGCGAUGGGUUCGGAGAAGGACUCGGAGUCUCCGCGCCCGGCCUCCCUCCACGCCGCCGCGCCGCCGGCUAAGUGCCCGAAGGGCGGCGGCGGCGGCGGUGGGGGGGCCCCGGGGCCCGGAGGCAGCUGGGGCCGCCGCCGCCGCCGCCUCCUGAGCUUCCAGAGCGUCUUCUCGGCCGCCGCCUCGGCCGCCUCGUCCUCCGGCGCAGGGGUCCGCCGCCGCCGCCGCGCCAAAGCCAAGCCGGAGCCGCCGCCCGAGACGGCGCUGGAGGAGCGCGAGGCGGCGUCGGCGUCCGAGGAAGGCCUCCCGCCGCCAGCCCUGCCGCCGCCGCCGCCGCCGCCGCCCGCCUCGCCCACCGGCCCCGCCGCCGCCGCCGCCGCCGCCGCCCCGUCGUCCCCGGCGGAGAGCGAGGGCGAGCCCGGGGCGGCGGGGGCCGAGGAGGACGGGGGGGCGCCGCCGUCGGAGCUGGAGUGCCCGCUGUGCCUGGUGCGGCAGCCGGCGGGCAACGCGCCCCGCCUGCUCUCCUGCCCGCACCGCUCGUGCCGCUCGUGCCUCCGGCAGUACCUGCGCAUCGAGAUCACCGAGUCGCGCGUCAACAUCAGCUGCCCCGAGUGCAGCGAGCGGCUCAACCCGGCGGACAUCCGCCUGCUGCUGCGCGACUCGCCCCAGCUGGUGGCCAAGUACGAGGAGUUCAUGCUCCGCCGCUGCCUGGCCGCCGACCCGGACUGCCGCUGGUGCCCGGCCCCGGACUGCGGUUAUGCUGUUAUUGCCUAUGGAUGUGCCAGCUGCCCUAAACUGACUUGUGAGAGAGAAGGCUGCCAGACUGAGUUUUGCUAUCAUUGCAAGCAGAUAUGGCACCCCAACCAAACUUGCGACAUGGCCCGCCAGCAGAGAGCACAGACUCUGCGAGUAAGGACAAAGCACACCUCAGGCCUCAGUUACGGACAAGAGUCUGGUCCAGCCGAUGACAUCAAGCCAUGUCCCCGCUGCAGUGCCUACAUUAUCAAAAUGAACGAUGGCAGCUGUAAUCAUAUGACUUGCGCUGUAUGUGGCUGUGAAUUCUGUUGGCUGUGUAUGAAGGAAAUUUCUGAUUUGCAUUACCUCAGUCCUUCUGGUUGUACCUUCUGGGGCAAAAAGCCAUGGAGCCGUAAGAAGAAGAUUCUAUGGCAACUGGGAACGUUGAUUGGUGCCCCCGUAGGGAUUUCUCUGAUUGCUGGCAUUGCUAUUCCAGCCAUGGUCAUUGGGAUCCCUGUUUACGUUGGGAGGAAGAUUCACAGCAGAUACGAGGGAAAGAAGACUUCCAAACAUAAGAGGAAUUUAGCUAUCACGGGUGGAGUAACCUUGUCUGUGAUUGCAUCCCCUGUCAUUGCUGCGGUCAGUGUUGGUAUUGGUGUCCCUAUCAUGUUGGCCUAUGUGUAUGGAGUAGUCCCCAUUUCUUUGUGCCGAGGAGGAGGUUGUGGUGUCAGCACAGCCAAUGGAAAAGGGGUUAAAAUUGAGUUUGAUGAAGAUGAUGGGCCAAUUACAGUGGCAGAUGCUUGGAGGGCACUCAAAAACCCCAGCAUCGGUGAGAGCAGCAUUGAAGGGCUGACGAGUGUUUUGAGCACCAGUGGAAGCCCCACCGAUGGGCUCAGCGUCAUGCAGGGCAACUACAGUGAAACAGCCAGCUUUGCUGCACUCUCUGGAGGCACUCUAAGUGGCGGAGUCCUUUUAGGAGGGAAAGGAAAAUACAGCCGGCUUGAAGUGCAGGCUGAUGUGCAGAAAGAGAUCUUUCCAAAGGAUUCGGUCAGCCUCGGAGCCAUCAGUGACAAUGCGAGCACACGAGCCAUGGCAGGCUCCAUCAUCAGUUCCUACAAUCCCCAGGACAGAGAGUGCAACAACAUGGAAAUCCAGGUGGACAUAGAGACCAAGCCCAGCCAUUAUCAGCUUGUUAGUGGAAGCAGCACCGAGGAUUCCCUCCAUGUCCCGACCCAAAUGGCAGAAAACGAGGAGGAGGAAGAGGAGGAGGAGGAGGAGCAAAUAUGCAACCACCAAAGCUGUGAGCAGAAGGACUGUGUGGCCAGCAAAACCUGGGACAUCACUCUGGCACAGCCCGAGAGCAUCCGCAGUGACCUGGAGAGCUCAGACAGCCAAUCCGACGAUGUGCCCGACAUCACCCUGGAUGAAUGUGACUCCCCCUUCCCCCAGACUGCUGCCUGCCUCCACCCCCCCAGUGCCAGAGGGGCUGGGAGCCCAAGUGCCCGCAUUGGCCACUGUGCCCAAGCAGACGGACACCGGCCAGAGGAGAGAACACUGGAGUGCCUUGAGGCCCGAGGGUGAAGCCCCUCCCUCCCCCCCCCUCAGCUUUUGCUCCUGGUUCCCCGGGUGACUGCCCUAAUCUGGACCCUGGGUACAUGGCUUUUCUUACAUGAGGAUAAAACCUCAGUUUUCUUUUUUUAUUUAUUGAUUUAAGCGCUUGGUGAUGCUCAGUGAGUUCUGUAAGAGUGUACAUAAAUGUGUGCGUGUAUAUUGUAUGUUUGCCAAACACACACCUAAAGAAUGCCUUUAAUAAAUAUUCCUGUUCCAUUCUCAUUGGA